AUGGCUCCUCACGCCGCCCCUCAGCUUCUCCCGCCGCUCGAUGACCCUCAGUCGUCGCUGUCGAAAAAGUUUGGCCGUGAGACCAUCAACUACUUUGCCGGCAACCCCGUCAACCGCCUGUCAUGGCUGCGCACCGAUUUCGGGUUUCUCAGGACAGCCUUCCAGCUCGAGGAAACUCGCUUCCUCGCCCUGAAGAACCUCACACCCCUGGUCGACGACCCGAACACGCUGUCCCCUCUGACGUACAAGGAGCUCUCCCCGGUCACCGGCGAGGACCCCUUUGGCCCCUCGGAGGACGACCUCAUCAAGAACUUUGACUCCAACGAGAACCGUCCCGUCGUCCUGUUCCUCGGUCUCCUCGAUGACGGCAGUGUCCCGUUCGAGUACAAGGGUCACAAGGGCCGCCCCUACUUCGCCGUCAACGUGACACCCCACGGCACCUACGCUGCCGCUGCGCAGACCUUCAUCGACGAGCAGCAGGCGCGUGGCAGGCAAUUCCUCGAGGCGAGGAUACACCUCUCCCUCGAUGCCCGAUCAGCUGCCCUCUACGCCCAGGCGCGCUCCACCAUUGACUGGAACGCCCGCAACCAGUUCUGCGGCGGCUGCGGCGCGCGCACCCUCUCCGGCCACGCCGGCUUCAAGCGCAUCUGCCCGCCAACGGACCGCGCCACCGCCGCCUCCGGCACGCCGCGCGCCGACUGCCCCACCCGCAGGGGUGUCUCGAACCUCAGCUUCCCGCGUACGGACCCGACCAUGAUCGCGCCCGUCAUUUCGGCCGACGGCAAGCGCGUGCUGCUGGGCCGCCAGAAGCGCUACCCGCCGCACAUGUACAGCACGCUCGCCGGCUUCCUCGAGCCGGGCGAGUCGAUCGAGGACGCCGUGCGCCGCGAGGUCUUCGAGGAGAGCGGCGUCCGCGUCGGCCGCGUCGCCAUCCACUCGAGCCAGCCCUGGCCCUACCCGGCCAGCCUCAUGAUCGGCGCCGUCGCCCAGGCCCUGCCCGACGGCGAGGCCAUCGACCUCGGUAAUGACCCCGAGCUCGAGGCCGCCCACUGGUACCCCGUCGACGAGGUCCGUCUGGCGCUGCAGUUGGGCGUCGGCGGCCUCGGCGAGCCCGCGCCCGAGGGGUACGUCGAGGGCACCCUGCGUCUGCCGCCGCACACGGCCAUUGCCAACAGGCUGCUGGCGGCGGUUGUCGACGGCUUCGCGACGGCGGCGGAUGCGUCCAAGAUUUAG